AUGAAAGCUCAGGGAAAUGUUAGAAAACAAGCAUCCUCUACUAUAGGUGCUGGAUGUGUCCCUAUCACCUUUCGUCUCUUCGACAUCCCUUCCAUUGGCUUCGCAGCGCUCGUUUCUACACCAUUCAGUACUACUGAUAGCAAGUACACUGUCGCCGCACUCACCAUCGACACCAGCUCCAAAUCUAUGAUUGGCUUGGCAGGAAGCUUCAAAACGUGUCACCCUGCCUUGAUUUCAAAUGCAGACGUUGUAGCUAAACGCGUGUUUUUUCGGAAGGGCCAAACCAUGGGGCGUUGCCGCUUUGCAAGGGAGGAUGAGCUGGAAAAGACACUCGACGAGGUGAAUUGCCUUUACUGGGGCACAUCAUUGCUCGGUAUGGCGUACACCUUCGUUGACGAGAUGCUCAAGACUGGCAAUGUGAGCCAAGAUGUCGUGGUUGAGUUACCACGUCUAAGGCUGGUUCGUGCGGCACUAGCCAUUCCCGAUGACCCCAACAACGACCUCGGCGCAAACUAUCUCAUCGAGGAGCGGAUUAGCGGAAAAUUCGUCAAGUACAUCAACAACAACUCUGCCGUCCCCGCCCAUAGUCUAGAGGGCAGAGAAGCAGUCAUCGGACUGUUUUUAUGCUUUGUUCAACACGUGCAAUAUCACCUUACUAACAACAUGGUAUAUCUAUCUGAUUUCCAAGGUUCUGGUAACCUCCUUACAGAUUGCCAAGUGCUAACAGGCUCGUGA